CAAUUUAGUAUUAGCUGCUCGCUCUGUAUACAAAUGCACGAAUGAUCUCACACCUGUUCGCUGUGAGUCUGUAAACCUCUUUUAAUAGAUAUAGUGAAGAAAUUGUUUGUGGUAGGACUAUACUAUGAAGGAUAAAAAAGCGUAUGAGUAUCUUGCCAAAAGUGGGGCAGAAAUAAGUAGUACACCGACACGUGCAGUAUGUCUGGUAAACGCAGGCAACCAGCAAGGUAUCGCAGUGGACGACUUCGAGGCUGCCUGUAGUCUGCUUGGGAAGAUUGCAUACCUGCUGAAUUUCCCGGGUAAGACGUACUGUGUAGUGAUAUACGAAGGACUUGAGUGUGCCAUAGACGCACACAAGGCACUUGCGGGCCGUGCGUGCACACUACUAAAGCGGACUUAUAGCAAAGAAGCGAGUAUACCACUUCUUGUAGAAUACCUAAUCGAAGACUCCAUUCAGCUACCUGUGCCUGCUACUGUGCAGGAUGCUCGAGCUGUACCGGGACUAGUGGUUGUGGAGAACUUUAUCACUGCCGAAGAGGAAAGCACUCUUAAGCAAUGUCUGGAUAGAUACAAAUGGGAGCCAUUGUCCAGGAGGCGUGUGCAGCACCACGGCAUCCGAUUCAACUACUCCACCAAUCGGCACGCGGACGAUAGUAUGCCGGGGUUCCCCCAAGAAGUGCAGGACAUUAUAAUAGGAAAGCUUCGGCGUAUGAAGAGUUUAAACCCCGUAGAUGAGGUAUCACCCGUGGAACCCGUACCAGUGCCAGACCAGCUAACAGUGAAUGAGUACAAACCAGGGGCAGGGAUAUCUGCGCACGUAGACACACACUCGCCAUUCAGGGGCGCGAUCAUAUCAGUCAGCUUGUGUGGGCGGGUUGUGAUGGAGUUCAAACACAGAGAUGGGCGAGCGAUGUCUGUGCUUGUACCUGCACGAUCGCUGGUUGCAUUCACAGGGGAAGUCCGGUAUGACUGGACACACGCUAUUACCGAGACGAGGUUUGACUAUGUGGAUAACUCAUUCCGAGAACGGCAGUUCAGGAUAUCGCUGACGUUCCGUGAAACUAAGUCGACCCCGUGUGAUUGCAAUUAUCCGCACUUGUGUGACUCGGUUGGUAGUACCCAGCUCUGAGUGAUGCUAUCGAGAAUAGAGCCUCGAUAUGAUGGCUGCAACGCCGAGUGCAUAGGCGUUGCAAUUCUUACAAGUCAAGCGAAACUACAGCAAUAGUCGAAGAGGUUUAGCAAGUUCACACGACCUAUCUGUGGGUUCAUAAUAAUUUAGUUGCGAGAGGCAUCCGCCUGUUUUUCUGCUUGCCAGUGGUAAACGGAAUAGCUUGGUAUAACGGUCACGAGCCUGCGUUUGUAAUGCGGCUCAAGAACGUAUACAUGUUACUUCUGUGAUCAAAGUAGGUCGUGAUUACUCCCUCAGAUUUUUCCGCCUCAAAUUGUGUACUAUUGACCUCCUUACAAUACAUCAAAAAGCUGUUGCAAUCUGCGUAUGUCUACUCGGUGUACAGUUCCUACUCAAUAUAGAUAUGUUAUUCCAAACAACGUACCGUUCUUCAUAAUUAGUGAGUCUAGUAUUAAUUUAAUUA